AUGGGCUUGCCUUCAUUAUUUGCGGACAAUGAAUUUGAGCAAAACAACGUACUCGAGGAGAAAGGGCCGGAGCUGGAUGGCCUGACAGAAGACGCCUCGACACUGGAUGCACUUGACACAAGUCAAGGCGACAUUUUUACGGGAGGUGGGCACGGAAGUACAUGGGCGUGGCGGCCAGGAAAUUCAACAGGAAGAAAAGGAGGCGACUCUACACACUCUGGCAACAGAUUCAUCGGGGGCGAAUACCAUCCACCACAUAGGAACGUUGUGAAACACACGGAGGGGAGACAUGUAUACCAAGUUUUGACAAUUCGCGUUUAA